CCUCUCUGCAACAGAACGUGCGGGACCCGCAGCUGAAGACAGAAGCGAAACCCCCAGAGAGCCGGAUCCUGGAGCCCCGGACGGAGCGGGAGGCAGCCAAGCAGCAGGUGCUGAAGAGGAUCCAAAUCUGGAAGAGGCAGCAGCAGCUGGCAGGGAACGGGGCCCUUUUUGAGGAGAACCUAGCUCUGCUGCAGAAGAGAUGUGAGAGUCUGGUCGAGGUUUACUUCCAGCUGCACCAGCAGGUGAUGGCGGCGAGCGCAGAGCUGGGGGCUGAGCUGCUGCCCCGGCUGCUGGAGCGGGUCAGCGGGGUGUUAUCCAGCCUGGUCAAGAGCUCCUUCCUGGUGGAGAAGCAGCCCCCGCAGGUGCUGAAGACCCAGACCAAGUUCCAGGCGAGUGUCCGGUUCCUGAUGGGCCCCCAGCUACUGAAGGCAUCAGCCAAGCCCUACAUGGUGCGGGCCGACAUGGUGACAGAGAAGCAGGCACGGGAACUGGCGCUCAGCGCCUACAGCAAUGUUCUCAGUGAGAGCACAGGGGAGAUCAUGCAUAACGUGGUGGCCUUGGAGACCAACCCCACCAGUGGGACCUGCUGUGCCAACUUCAAGAACGUAUUGCUGAAGAAGAUCAAGCGCUGUGAGCGGAAGGGGUCAGAGUCAGUGACGGAGGAGAAGUGUGCCGUCCUGUUCAGCACCACUGUGACCUUGACCCCCAGCAACUUCUCUGUCCACCUCCAGGUCCUGUCUCUGCCCAUCGUGGUCAUCGUCCAUGGGAACCAGGACAAUAAUGCCAAAGCAACUGUGCUGUGGGAUAACGCCUUCUCCGAGAUUGACCGGGUGCCCUUUGUGGUGGCCGAGCGGGUGCCCUGGGAGAAGAUGUGUGAUACACUGAACCUGAAGUUCAUGGCGGAGGUGCAGACCACCAAGGGGCUUCUCAAGGAGCACUACUUCUUCCUGGCCCAGAAGAUCUUUAACGACCACAGCGCCAGCCUUGAGGACUUCCAGAGCCGCAGUGUCUCCUGGGCCCAGUUCAACAAGGAGAUCCUGCCUGGUCGGGGAUUCACCUUCUGGCAGUGGUUUGAUGGAGUGCUCGACCUCACCAAGAGAUGCCUGAAAAGUUACUGGUCAGACAGGCUCAUCAUCGGCUUCAUCAGCAAGCAGUACGUCUGCAAGCUCCUGAGCAUGGAGCCUGACGGCACCUUCCUGCUCCGCUUCAGCGACUCAGAGAUCGGGGGUGUCACUAUUGCUCACGUCAUCCGGGGCAAGGAUGGCUCCAGCCAGGUGGAGAACAUCCAGCCCUUCUCUGCCAAGGACUUGUCCAUCCGAUCCCUCGGUGACCGCAUCCGUGACCUGGGGCAGCUCCGCAACCUCUACCCCAACAUCCCCAAGGACCAGGCGUUUGGCAGUCACUACAACAAAGAGCAGACAGGCAAGGAUGGCCGGGGCUAUGUCUCCACUGCCAUCAAGAUGACGGUGGAAAGUGAAAGGGACCAGCAGCCCCAGAGCACUGCAGGGCCCCCCCCCGAGGCCCCCCAGACUCAGGUGUUCAGCCUGCCCAUGCUGCAGCCUGAGCUGCACGCGGAGAGCCUGCCAUCGGUGCUCAGUCCCAUCUGCCCCCCUGCUCCCUUCUGCCCCCAGCCUGUCCCCACAGGCUACCCCACGGGCGAGAGCAACGUCAACAUGAUGGUCUCCAACAACCUCGGGUCCUCCUUCCCCAG